AUGGCAGCUCCAUAUACCGUCCACACGUCGACGCUGUUCGACCCAAAGAAAAAAGCAUUUGUCAACGAUGUCUCAAUCACCGUCAACCCCAAGACAGGCCUGAUUGAGGCAGUCUCGCAACGACCAUCAGGGUCACUGGGUGACUCGGUGCCAGAGGGAGACGUCGACCUUCGUGGAAGCAUUGUCAUGCCGGGUUUUGUAGACGCACAUACACAUGUCUUUCUCCACUCAUACGAUGAACGAGCAUCGCUGUUGCAGAAACGCGACGAGAGCACCGUCGAGAGGAUUGUCCGCGCGGUGAAUCACGUCCGAACAGCUCUGCUUGCGGGCUACACGACCUAUCGAGAUUUGAGCUCCGAGUCGAUGGGAGAAGGCGACGCUCAGCUCCGCGACUGCAUCAACCGCGGCUUCACGCCUGGUCCCCGAAUGUUCGUCGCGACACGUGCUCUCGCCAGCACGGGAUCCUAUGAGCCACGCACAGAGAAUUCUUCAGGCGGUGUGUGCCUUCCAAUGGGGGGAGAGGCGGUCGACGGUCCAGAGGCAGUGCGCACUGCGGUGAGGCGACGCUUGGCCGCUGGGGCAGACGUGAUCAAGUUCUUCGCCGACUACCGUCGCCGAAUCAUGCGAUACCCACCUGCGCAACAGCAUCCUUACAAAGUCGGCGUGACGCAUCCUCCAGCUGAUCCAAACCCGGACCUGCUCGUUUUCGCAAAGGAUGAGGUCGAGGCUCUGGUCCAGGAAGCUGCUAUGGGAAAGGCACCCGUGGCAUGUCACGCAGGGACUAUCGAGGGAGCCAGGAUCGCCAUCGAGGCUGGUGUGCACACACUGGAACAUGCCUAUUUCGCGGACAGGGAGCUCUUUGAGCUAAUGAAGGCGAAGAACGUUGUCUUCUGUCCCACCCUUGCUGUUUGUGAGCGGGUCCAUCACCGACGAUACCAUGAGAUCAAAGCACAGGCAAAGCUGGCCUACGACGUCGGCGUCCGCUUGGCUUGUGGAGGAGACACGGGCCCUUAUCCCCACGGCCAAGGCGUUCGGGAGAUGGAGCUCAUGCUUGAGGCUGGUAUCCCACUGGAAGAUGUACUGGAGUCGUGCUUCGUGGGAGGCUGGGAGGCGUGCGGAGGAGACCUGUGUGGAAUGCGAUUCGGAUGGUUUGAAGAGGGGACGAGGGCCGAUAUCAUCGCCCUCGCUUCAGACCCGAGAGAGGAUAAGAAUGCCCUGAGAAAGGUCGACUUUGUCAUGAAGGACGGUCAAAUCUGGAAAAGAGACGGGCAGGGAGUCGGACUGUAUCAUAACAACCAUGAGUGGGAUCAGACGGGUGCCUACGUUCCCCCUAAGUAG